AUGCCUGUCUGCACGCUUCAUCUUCUGGCUCUCGAUGAAUCUACCGACCCCCGGUUCUUCGUUCAACGACUGAAAGAAACCCCGACCAAGGUCAUCGUCACCUCAAGACCUCGACAUGUCGUGAUCCAUCCAACUGAACUGGACAACGACCCACUCGCGACCAAAAGGUGGGAUCUCAUGGUCCUUCUCCAAGCAACCGCCGACAAUCCAGAUCCGAUUCCCGCCGCACUACGCAGCUCCAUCACGGACGAAUACAAAAUAACAACAGGCAUCCCGUCCAAACUCGUUUCCAGCUACCCAUCUCGCAACGCAACCCUGCAAAAGCAAUCCAGCAAGUAUCCGUUGACAGAUUCCCUCGAAAAUUAUCUCAAGGACGGAGGCAAGUCCACGUCGCAAAACCUCGAGGUCUCCCCUAGCCUACUCGCAUUUAUGGCCGAGCUCACAAAAACACACCCGGGCCCCGUAACCAUGCUCAAUCUGCUGCAUUUUCAAUACCCCAACGGCAAACAGAGCUACUACCAAUAUGGACAGGCAUUCAUCCCUGUCGCAGGCAAACGCGGCGGAAAUGCCAAGCUGGUUGGCAAUGUGGUGCCACUGCAAUCACCGCGCAGCGAUUCUCGGGGGUCGCCGGGAAGGCCGGAGCAGGACUGGUGGAAUGAGAUUUCCAUUGUGCAUUACCCCUCUAUUCGACAUUUUUGCGAUAUGCUCGCGGGCGAGGAUUACCAAGCGAUCAAUGAAAAGUAUCGCCUUUCGGCACUUCGUGAUACGUUCCUUUUGUGUACUACUGAGCUGGAUGUUGAGGGUUUGGUAUAUUCGAAGCUGUGA